CUCGCCAUGGCCCCGAAGAGCUCGAACGCGACUUACGAGUACGCCCCGGAGCAGACCGCAGCCACCACUGCGAAGGCGGCAGACGCGGGGAAGAACCGCGACUACGUGUCGCUCUACACGGAACACAUCCACAUCGAGCUCCUUGACGUCAACAAGAAGAAAGCGAACGGGGUCCGCGUCACCAUCGCCGACGGCGCGAGCUUGCGCUUCCGCGAGGAGCGCAAGACCCACGGCCUCACCGCGCUGUGGAAGGACGCCGUCGCCGUCCACGACUUGGACGAGGCCCCCGCUGGCGUCCCGAUCGCGCAGUGUGGCUUCACCAGGGCGCUCAGCAAGGGCAACCCGAAUCCGAGCUGGGCCCACGUCCACGUGGCAUUCGGCCAGUCCGCCCGCGCCACAGCCAACGCGCAGAAGCACGUGCUGCAGACCACCGCAGACCUACUCCAGCACAGCUACAUCGAAGCCGAUUUCGUCGUGCCGCCGACGUGGAAACACAACGGUUUCACAGUCUCCAGCGUCUGCAACCAGAACCGUGUCCAGCUCACUCGGUCCUUCAAGAUGCUCGACGGCACCGACCGCACGGUCAAGGAGUUGCACAACUUCUGCGUCGUCGUCGCCAAGAACAUCCCCGAGAAGAUCCUCGCGCCGCUGCGCAGCCUGCAGAAGAAGUACCCGCAGUUCAUCACGUGGACCACGUGUGACCCGAACACGGCCACGGUGGACACCGUCCCUUCUGCCCUGACCGCCAAGGCGCCGGCCGCCCCCACGUCCGUCAAGAAGCGCCAGGCGGCGGCCGCCGUCGGCGGUGCCGUCACGAAGAAGCCCGCCAAGAGGGCGAAGAACUGA